GUUCUGGAACUGAUUAAGUUUGUGAGCCAAGGUACUACUGUGUUUGCAGGAAAGAUCAUUAGCUUCAGCCAGCCAUAGACAAUGUCUCCCUCUAUACUGUAUUUUGAAGGGUGGAGGAAGAAGUUGUAAGAAGUUUUGACCCUUCCUGUGGCUAUAUUUGUGUUCCCCAUUCAUGCUCUUAGUCUUUUCUGUGAAAACCUGGGAUCUCUUCUAAAGUAGUAAUCUUAAUUGUUCUCUUUUCUGUUUUUAGUAAGAGUGCAUUGCUGUUGAGAACUAACUUCAGUGUCCUCAAUAAAAAUGGAAGAAUUGCAAGAUGUCCAGUUGACAGAGAUCAAACCUCUCUUGAAUGAUAAGAAUGCCACUCGAAACUUCCAGGACUUUGACUGUCAGGAGCAUGACAUCGAGACUGCAUAUGGAGUAGUUCAUGUCACUAUGCGGGGCAUGUCAAAAGGAAAUAGGCCUGUCAUCCUCACAUACCAUGAUAUUGGCCUCAAUCAUAAAUCUUGUUUCAAUGCUUUCUUCAACUUCGAUGACAUGCAGGAGAUCACCCAACACUUUGCUGUAUGCCAUGUUGAUGCACCAGGACAACAAGAAGGGGCUCCCCCUUUCCCCUCUGGAUAUCAGUAUCCUACUAUUGAUGAACUGGCUGAAAUGCUUCCUGCUGUUCUUACACACCUGAGCCUGAAAACCAUUAUUGGUAUUGGAGUUGGAGCUGGUGCUUAUAUCCUCAGCAGAUUUGCAUUAAAUCACCCUGAUUUGGUCGAGGGCCUGGUGCUUAUUAAUGUUGACCCAUGUGCAAAAGGCUGGAUUGACUGGGCAGCAUCCAAGUUUUCUGGGUGGACAACAAACAUUGUGGACAUUGUUCUGGCUCACCACUUUGGUCAUGAAGAACUGCAAGCUAAUCUGGAGCUGAUCCAGACAUACAGACUUCAUAUUGCACAGGACAUCAAUCAAGAAAACCUUCAGCUCUUUGUUACUUCCUAUAACAGCCGUAGAGAUCUGGACAUUGAGAGGCCAGUCUUGGGUGUGACUGAAGACAUAACAAAAACACUCAAGUGCCCUGUCUUAUUAGUGGUUGGGGACAGCUCACCUGCAGUUGAAACUGUGGUUGAAUGCAAUUCACGGUUGGAUCCAACAAAUACAACACUCUUGAAGAUGGCAGACUGUGGAGGGCUGCCCCAAGUUGUUCAGCCUGGGAAGCUGACUGAAGCCUUCAAGUACUUUGUGCAAGGAAUGGGCUAUAUACCUUAUGUCCAGCUCAGUCACUUGACCACUGAGUCAGUGCCAUCUGCAAGUAUGACAAGGCUGAUCCGCUCUCGGACCCAGUCAUCUUCAAGCGUAGGUUCUGGAGAGAACACCCAAACACGGUCUCCAACCAGCAGUUCAGGAGAGGCAAAAACUGGAAUGCCUGAAACAGCUGAUAUGCAUGGCACCCCUCAGACUAUGGAAGUAUCCUGCUAAGCAAGCUUGUACAUCCAGACAAUCUGUUUUCUUCCCCUGUGAAGCCAUCCAGAAUCCAGUGUUCACCCAGACACGUGGCAUUAACAGGUCCUUUUUUCCCACUAUAACUUGUGCUUGCCCAUCCUGUCUGCCACCUUUUCACCUGUCUGUCUCUUCAGCUUUACUUCUAGUUAUUUUAUAUAGGCUGAAAAAACACAGGUUGCAUACAAAUGUGCCCAAAAACAGUAACUGGGCCUACUGAGAGUUAUUUUGCAGCAGGGUGCACCCCGCUUUUCUCCUUGCCUUUGCUCCUAUACUGUGCAUUCUCAGUGCAACUGCUAACAUUCCAUUGGUGCUAGCGGAGAGAGUCGUUGUCUAUGAAAUGCCCUUCUUUCUCCUGCUUCCUGUGCUGUUAAACCAUAUGAGAGUUAUGAAUCUCCCUGUCUUUUAAAAAGUCAGUAAUUUCUGUAGCUUGUGCACUUAGAACUGCCUUUCUACUUGUGCUUUUGGUGUAGGUUUUUAGGGCUAUUGGCUGCAGCUGUUAAAAUACCUUUGGGAUGAGGGUAAAGAGAACUCAAAUGUUUAAAAAUUUCAAGGUUGGAUCGUGAAGUCUGGACUGUCCAAACCCUUGAGUGUAUCUCAGCAUACUGUACAGUUGUAGCUAACCUUGCAGGAGUGCUUAGGUCUUUUAUAGCUGAGAUGCAACAACAAAGGUCUUUCUUUGUCUUGAUAAAAAAUAUUUUCUAGCAGAGCUGCUGAUGGAAAGAUUAAAGCGGGCUGGUGCCUUUCAGACUACUGUACCAGUACUACUACUGCCAUUAAUCCCAACCAGCACAGCCACCCUGUUAGCUGGGAAUUAUGGAAGCUGUAGUCCAUACACAUCUGGAGGGUGUCAGGUUGGUGAAAAGAAAGGGCAAGGCUUCUAAUGGGUUUCACUCUCAUUAAGGAGGUUGCAGUAUUGACCAGAGUAGAAGGAAUUUACAAACACCAGAUAUAUCUACAUUGUAGUGACCUCCUGAGAGACUGAUCUGGAUACUUUGGAUUAUUUUUAUCACCCUGGGAGAAAGGUCAAGAAACCCUAAGUCCUAGUUAAACACAAUGCCAAUAUCUUACCACAACUGUUCAGUUACACAUAGUUGUGAAUCAGUUUCUAAAAUCAGACUCAAACUGAAAAUUCGGAAAGCUAGAGUUGAAAUGAGCAAGGUGAUUGCUGUUAGACAGCAGCCUAGAGUUAUGAAGCACUGAAGACUUGAGACUUUUUGUUUUGGACCCAAAUGGUAGUGAAGUGAUGUAAUAGGUAGACAAACAGUGCAAUAUCUUGUCAGGAGCAAGUUUUACUGAGUUUAAGUGAGGUUUGUUCCUAAGUGUGUCAGAUUGUAGCCUAAACCUUCCUCAUAAUUUUGAAUUAGUUGGGUUAAAUUGUGUUUUAAUCUUGCUAUAGCAGCUGAACUAGGAUGCAUUACAAUUACAGUGCUAAUUCUGUAAAGGUCUGUUCUAUAUGCAUGGGGGCUUUUCCUGGUUAGGACCAGGUAUUUUUACAGCUUCCCUAUGCAUUACCACAUCCCACCAACCAGAAAAUUACUAAGCUCUUUAAAAAGUCUUACACUGAUACUCUGGAAGAGGGAUGAAACUAAAACAAAAAGGCUUAUUUAGCUCAAGAGCUAUUUAUAAGGCAUACUUUUGCAAUGAAUGGGAAUAAUUUAAGGAGCUGGUCAGCUUAGAUUUCAGACCAUGUCUUUGAAUGAAGCUGUAGGGCAUGUGGAGAACCUACAGCUAGUGCUGAAGCCUUUCCCAAAUCAGGUGCAUUACUGCAAAAACAUGGAGAAAAGGAAAUUAAAUGGUGUCUGUGAUUUAUUCUGUUUGCAUCAUACAGGCCUCUUGAGCUUAUGCAAAUACUGGCUAAGGGACUGCUUUGAUGUACUGUAUAUUGUGAAAAUGUGCUUGGUUUGCUGCUGCUUUUUUAUAUUUUUCAUUGGCUAAUAUUAAACUCUGUAGUCCCACACAAAACAGUGUCCUUGGUAGAAAUGGGAAGUUCUGCCCUGGGAGCUAGUAAUUUCCAAGACCAAACUGUUCCCUUGAAAUUAAAAGGCAGUUGCUUUUUUGAUUUUGACUGGGUUACAGAAGACUAGUUCAUAUGUAACCUCCACCCCCCGGGGCUGUUGGGUGGGGGGGGGGCGGGCAAGCAGGAGAGAGCAGGUCUGCUGCCUGCAACACAUCAGCCAUUUCUGCUUUUAAUCAACAAUCUGUGACCGGCCCAUUUGUAGGUUAGGUGUAAUGCACAGGUACCAAGUGCUCAAAGUUAACAAACCAUGUGUUAACUGUUGGGCUCUUUAGCCACCAAACAUCUCACUGUUCUGGGUUCACACAUCAUAUUCAAUGGCCUGUGAAAUAGGCUGAUUGUAGAUUUAAAGCAGAUGUAACAGUUGCACAGGAGGCAUCACAGCUGCCUUCUCCUGCUCAUGCACAAUGCAUGGAUUAUUUAAAUGAUGAACUGUCCUUAGGCGGAAACUAUGUUGAAGUGUGUGAUUUAUUAGGGAGAGAGCUGUGGAUAGGAAUGAAUAUGCACAGUUGACUUGUUCCUGACUUUGGCAGAAUAUCUGCUUUUCAGUGUUGCACAUUGGCUCAUGGGGCCAAAUUCUUUGGGUGAUCAGCUGUGAUUCAGGCAGGAGAUGGGACUGGGAGAUUCUGCCUGAGAGGAAAGAUUCAUACUGGUUAAAUAAAGCUAUAAUAAAGUCAUUGUUAACUUG